AGCUAGAGUUCAUUACACUACAUGGGGACAAACGAAGAAGACGUAAAAAUACAACAGUAAUUCCAGGUCGGGAAUGUCGUCUCUGUGCUCCGUGAAAGAAAAUUUUAAUUCAGCACGUAAUACAGAUUCAGCUUGCAGUGAUUCAGAGACUGAGACAACUGAAGAACAAACUAACGUUGGAAAUCCCUCUCAGCCGAAAGAGAACAAAACCGAUUCUGCAAUCAGUUGUAUAUCGAAACAAACUUAUUCGAGUUUAGGAGGAUUUGACAGACCAGUAAAGUUCCCGUUUCUAUCGCCUGUACGCGACUUCCACCCGUCUACGUUUUUUGCAGCCAGGCCUACUCGCGAACCCCAAAUGGCAGCUGGAGCAACAUUACCUGGAUUGCCAGGAGCCUGGCCUGCUAUAUUUGGGCGCAAUGCAGCACAUGGAAUCAACGAUAUUUCUGCUAGAAAUUUCAUUCCGACGAACGGAUUUAGAAAUGCUAUUUCGCCAUCAGAAACUAUCAAUCCCAGCUUAUUGGAAUUUACGACCUCGUUGUAUGCUUCAUAUGGUGAAGCUAUGCGAGAACUAAUAGAACGAAGUAAAAUGCCUUUGACUGAUGCCGUUGCUGCCAGAGCGGCAGCCGCCGCUGCCGCCGCCUCGUUACAUUUUGGCAAUCCUUUUCAGCGCUUUGCUGUUGCCAAAUAUCCAGGCUCGAUGAAUUUAAUCGAAUCCCGCGGGACGGGAUUGCACCCUGUUCGGCAUCGACCACCAGUACCUCUCGAAAUCUUUUCUGGGUUUUUUGACCCAAAUAUGCUAUUUAAUAGUUCCGCACGCUCACCAAGUAAUUUUCAACUUCCGCAACAGCUUUUGAGUCCAGUGGAAGCAUCUCGCAAAGAGUCACCGGACAGCGAACCAAGCCUUGCAGAUAAACUGAAAAAUGGUGGCAGUCGGAAUAAAAUGGAAUCUUCCCCUACCCGCAAUGAGUGCUUUCCGUCUGUUCCACAAAAUAUCUUUACGAAACCCAUUCACUCGGAGGUUUAUUCAAACUCACUUCCAGUACAGUCGUCUGGACUUCUACCUUUCGGAAUUCCUCCAAAUCCAGUCAAUUUUUUCAAUUUACCAUCCUUGCUUCGAUCUCAACCAUCAAAUUUUUUUCAUCAACAAACGGACGCAAACAGGAAGGCUGAAUUUCGCUCUCCAAGCGUAUUAUUGGGGAAAAGACGUGAACAAUUCACCAGGCCAAGAGGGAGUGCAAGACCCAAAAAACGGUAUAUUUGCAAAUAUUGCGGGAGAGAAUUUACAAAAUCAUAUAAUUUGUUGAUCCACGAAAGAACACAUACGGAUGAAAGGCCUUAUAGUUGUGAAAUUUGUAACAAAGCUUUUAGAAGACAAGAUCACUUGAGGGAUCACAGAUAUAUUCAUAGCAAAGAAAAACCAUUUCGAUGUGAACAGUGCGGAAAAGGAUUUUGUCAGUCAAGAACUUUGGCGGUUCAUAAAACAUUACAUUUAAAGGAAUCACCAUACAGAUGCUCAACAUGUGGUCGCACAUUUAAUCAACGAAGUAAUUUGAAGACUCAUCUGCUAACUCACACCCCGAUCAAGCCUUAUGAAUGCAACAGAUGUAGAAAAGUGUUCAGGAGAAACUGCGAUUUAAAACGCCACACUUCGACGCAUUGCGAUAGUUUAGUGUCGGGAGUGGAUGGCACAGUGGGAAUUCAUUCCACCCAGUAUCCAGAAUAUGAAGUUCCAAACGACGAUAUCAUGCCCGAGGGACAAAAAAGUGAAACACCAAAAUCAAACGCUUCAUCAGAAGAUCAAGACUCGGGAGAGAAAAAAUUGCAGAAUUGUGACGAACAAUGCUCUUCGAGUCAGACAUAUCUCACGGCGGAAAAGAACUUCUCGCCUUCUCUGAAAACACUACUGGUUGGAACCAAUUCAACAAUGUAAUGGUAACAACUUACAACAAUCAGAUUUCCAUGGCCUUCAAUUCGUAACGUCAAAAAUAAAAACUUAUUGAAACAUUCAGAGCAAUAAUUAUCAUUGAAUGUUAGCUAUAGCAGUUUACGAUAUAGGUAUUACGACCGAAUAUUAUAAUUGUUCCAUUUAUAUUUUAUUCAAGCAAGUUAGACAUAUGUAAUCAUUAAAAUGUUGCAUUGUUUUUGCCAUGAGAAAAGAAUUAUUAUUUUUAAAAUGAAUUUAUUACCUAGAAAAUAUUACAUUGGAAUAAUAUUGACAAGGCACGCAACUAUAUGCCAUUAAUAUUUUCUUUAAGCGAGUUGGAAAUAGGGAAUCACUAUAAUGGUGGAAAAUGUAAGAGAAAUCUUAUUGUUUUUUUGUGUGAUUCAAUAUUUAUUCUAUUAGAUAAAAUAUUUAAAUUCCAUUGAA